UGACCGGUUCACUCUCAGCUGACUUCUCACAAGACUGGAGUUUCUAGUAUGUGUGUACAGUUUUUUCUCUUAAUCGCUUCGAAGACUGGUGUUUCCGUGACGCACAUCGUAAAAGAGCAGCAAUUGGUGGUGUUAUGUGAAUCUUCCAAGAGGACGGCGGAGCAUUGGCAGGACCACAGUUCCCUGGAAUACAGGCUCCAUGAAUACCUCCACUGAUGAAGAGGAGUUCUGCAAUGAGAAGACAGCCCUUAUGUCUGCCGAGAGCCCAUCUGUCCCAUCAUACCAUGAUACGGCGGGCUCACAGAGGGAAAAGGAGAGUCAGACAGUGAGGCAUCGCUCAUCAUCAAGCCAGAUAAACAAUACAGAUCACGAAGACCACUCAUCAAGCCGGGUUUCUGUCACCGACAGUGAAGUGGAGGAGCUCUCUCUAAAAUAUGGUGCCAAGCAUGUCAUCAUGCUCUUUGUCCCAGUCACGUUGUGCAUGGUGGUCGUGGUCGCCACAAUCAAAUCUGUCAGCUUUUACUCAACUAAAAAUGGACAGCUCAUAUACACGCCUUUCACAGAAGACACAGAUUCUGUAGGCCAGCGCCUCCUGAAUUCCGUAUUAAACACCCUGAUAAUGAUCAGCGUCAUAGUAGUUAUGACUAUUCUCCUUGUGCUGCUUUAUAAAUACCGCUGCUAUAAGUUCAUCCAUGGAUGGUUGAUCCUGUCAUCCCUAAUGCUGCUGUUCUGGUUUAGCUACAUGUACUUGGGGGAAGUAUUCAAGACCUAUAAUGUUGCAAUGGAUUACCCUACCGUGGCUCUCAUCAUCUGGAAUUUUGGAGUAGUGGGAAUGAUAUGCAUCCAUUGGAAAGGACCUCUACAGCUUCAGCAAGCAUAUCUUAUCAUGAUCAGUGCACUGAUGGCACUGGUCUUUAUUAAAUAUCUGCCAGAGUGGUCUGCUUGGGUCAUUCUGGGAGCCAUCUCAAUAUAUGAUCUGGUUGCAGUGCUCUGUCCAAAGGGCCCAUUGAGGAUGCUGGUGGAGCUUGCACAGGAGAGGAAUGAACCGAUUUUUCCUGCACUGAUUUACUCUUCAGCAAUGAUAUGGUUUGUGGGAAUGGCUAAACGCUCUUCAGGAAGCUUGUCCUCCCAACAAGAACAGAACUCAGAUGAAGAAGCUUGCAACAACCGACCUGAAAAUGGAGACUGGUCCAGAAAUACAGAGGCAUCUGAAAACAGGGUGGAUGCUGUAGAAGAGCUGGAGGAAGAGCGAGGUGUCAAGUUGGGCCUGGGGGAUUUCAUCUUUUACAGCGUCCUGGUGGGCAAAGCUGCAGCCACGGCAAGCGGUGACUGGAAUACAACUCUGGCCUGUUUUGUGGCAAUUCUAAUAGGCCUGUGUCUCACUCUUCUCCUACUGGCAGUCUUCAAGAAGGCAUUGCCCGCUCUUCCCAUCUCGAUCACGUUUGGCCUCAUCUUCUACUUCUCCACUGAUUACCUCGUUCGACCUUUCAUGGACACCCUAGCCGAACAUCAGUUUUACAUUUAGCCUUUAUAUGAAGUAACCUGGAAGAUGAUGUGCACCUCUGUAAGGUAAAAGUCAUGCAGAAGCAGACUGAUAUGAACUAUAGUGGAGGAAUGAAGUAAGGGUUUUUAAACCAAGUCUACUAAUUAGGACAGUCAUUCUUUUCAAGCACUGGUCCUCUUCUCAUUUUUCUCUACCUUUUAUUUUUUUUACUAUUUUAUAAACCAUAAAACAAAAAAAAAAAAUGGAAGAACAUUGGUGCCUGAAAUUUUAAAGAGGAAAUAAAAAUGUGUUGUGUUUC